GAAUCUGAAUUUGAGGACGCCCAUCACCAGAUCGACAUGAGUACUGCUGCAGAGAGGAAGUUCAUUAAUCUAAGAAAGCGUCUUGAUCAGCUGGGAUACAAGCAGCCGCUAGGCAUAGAAUCUCUGCCCUUAGUGGAAAAACUUUUCAGUGACCUUGUGCACACCACAGAAAGCCUUCGCAAUGCAAAGUUAUCAGCUGGCAAGAGUGAAAAAGAGAACAAGAACUUUGACUCUGUCAUAGAGCCGUAUAAGACAGAAAAUGCCAGGCUUGUCAGAGAAAACAAUGAGCUUCACCUAGAGCUUUUGAAACUUAAAGAAGAAUCUGAUCGGCAUAUUAAAGACCUGAAAGCUUCUUUAAGAAAACUUGAACACCAGGCAGCAGAUCUCAAGUUUCUGAACAAUCAGUAUAUCCACAAAAUAAGGUCAAUAGAAAAAGAGAGCAAAGCCAAAACCGAAAGGAUUCAACAACUCCAAGAGAAGAAUCUCCAGGCAGUAGUACAAACACCAGGUGGCAAGAAGAGAAACAUUCCCUUUAGACGACAACGGAUGCAGAUUGACCAGUCAGUGCCACCAUCGUCCAUCAGCGGUCACCCUGUACCUCAGCCUGAGGAUCCUUAUAUUGCAGACCUGCUUCAGGUGGCAGAUGAUAGAAUGCGUGAACUUCAACAUGAUGUUGACACGUUGCAGGAAAAACUUGAGAUGUCAGAAAGAGCAGUAAAAAAUCUUACCCAGCAGGUUGAACUAAGAGACAAAGAAGUAGAGCGCCUGGCACUUGCUCUGGAUGGCGGUCGUUCACAUGAUGUCAUUUCUUUAGAAGCAAGACACAGAAGCAAUGAGAAGCUUAUUUCCCAUCUAAACCUGCAGGUUGAAUAUCUUCAACAAGCAAAUAAAGACCUUGAAAAUCGUGUGCACGAUCUUUUAAAAACCAAGCAGAAUGUCACUAGUGAGGUGAUGAAUCUAAGCACCAAGAAUGAAGAAUUAUGUAAAGAGCUCACAGAGAUAGACCAUCUGGCUCAGCAACUAGAGAGAGAUAAAGAGAUGGUGCUGGAGACUGCAGAUGCAGAACUUGAAGAAGCAAAGAGUGAAAUAAAGAAAUUACAUAUCGAGAUCCACAAACUUGAAUCCACCGUAUUAAAGUUGAAAUCUGAGCUAACAACAUGUGACUAUGAGAAGAAUAAACUAGCUGAUGAACAUGAGAAAAGAAGAGAUGAAAACCAUAAGUUGGAAUCCGUUCUAAACCACAUCGAGCAUGAAAAGCAGCGGCUUUCAAAGAAAGUGGAAAGCCAAAUAGCCACAGAACGAGAGCUGGUGUUGGAAGUGGAAAGGAUGCGGACGCAGUAUGGUAUAUUACGUAGUGAUCGUUCACCUUCACGUAUUGACUCAUUUGUCAAGUCAUUGGAAGAAGAAAGAGAUUAUUACAGAAAUGAACUGGAAAAUCUUGAAAAGACACUAAGACUGAAAACUAGCCAUUCUAGGCAGAAUAUGAGUAGAUCACAUCAUUCACCAGAAAAGGGCAGUGGGUACAAUUCAGAACUGAGUCGUAUCACCAGAGAGAGAGAUGAACUCCAGAACAUGCUUGACAGGUUUGAGAAACACAUGGUAGAAAUCCAAUCCAGCGUCAGAGUGUUAACAUCAGAAAGAGAUAGAAUCAGUUUACAAUAUGACCAGGCCCAGAAAGAGCUAAUGAUGCUUAGAAAAGAAAUAUCUCCACUGGCCAAGAAGUCAUCUUCACAAAGUGAAUUUGUUCAUGUGGAAGAGGAAAGAGAUGUAGCCAUUUCUGACUUGAGAAGAGUCACAAAUGAAAAUGCCAGCCUGAGAGACCGGAUACAGAAUCAGCAGGAAUCUUUGGCCUCUGAAAAAUCUAAAUCCCUCCAAAGGAUUGCUGAACUCAAAGACGCAGUUCAUGCCCUUGAGACUGAAAGGUUUGAAUUAAAAUCUACAAUCUCAGAACUCAAAGAAAAAAUAGGUUUCAUGGAGAAAGAAGUGAGAUCACAGUCUGCUAAUCUGGCCCAGACUAUGGAUGACUCAUCUCAGUAUAAAUCUGAACUAAACUCCUUACGGUUACUAAACGAACAGCUGCAAAAAUCGAUGGAAGAUCUUCAGCAUCGACUCAAAGUAAAAAGCAAUGAAGUACAAUUAUCCCAAGAAGAAAUUGUAGCUUUGGAAGAAAGAAUAGAUGAAUUAACUCGCAAGAACUCUUCACUGGUUGAUGAAAUGAACAUGCUUAGAAACACAAUAUCUGUAUUGGAUAAAGAGAAAGAUAACCUACAGGAAAAUGUAGAUGAAAAAACUGAACGUAUUGCGUGCUUGGAUGAUAACCUGUCUAAUAAAGAAAAAACUAUUAGCAGUUUAAGGCUUACACUUUCAGACCUGGAGUCUACUAUUGACCAGUUAAAAGAUUCACUCAAUAAUAAAGAUCGCGAGAUAUCAAGUCUUCGCCGUCAACUUGAUUCUACCCUUUCUGAGCUUGCAGAAAAUGCAAGAGUAAGGGAAGUUACUCUCAAAGAAAAUAGAAGAUUGCAAGAUGACCUGGCAACAAUGACCAGGGAGAACCAGGCAGUUACUAUGGAGUUAGAAACUGCAGUACACGAGAAAGAAGAAUUAAAGCUUAGAGUUCAUAGUUACAUUUCUGAGGUUUCUCGGAUUGAAACCUUAAUGGCUGGUAAGGAACAAGAGAAUCGUGAUCUUCUGGAUCAAUUCAGGAUGGUCCAUAGCCAAGCUGAGGAAUGGGAGAUAAAAGCCCAAAAUGCAGAGGGUGAGAGCAGCUCCAUAAAAUUAGAGCUUCUUUCUGUGGAUACGGAUAGAAGACAUCUUCGAGAAAGAUUGGAUCACUUGGAAAAUGAAAUCCAAGAGCAUAUGAACGCCCAUUUAGCAUAUGAAUCCCAGAUCUCAUCCAUGGCCAAAGCUAUGUCCAAGCUAGAAGACCAGCUGAGACAGGCACAAAAUGAAAAUGCUUCAGUCUUAUCUGACUUGUCUUCUGUUAGAGAACUCUGCGUAAAAUUGGACUCCAGCAAAGAGCACUUCUCAAGACAACUCACAGCCCGUAACAUGGAACAGGAAAGGGUCUUGGAUGAACUUGAGGAUAUGAAAUCAGAAGCUGAACUUCUGAAAAAACAGCUUGCUAGUGAGAGACUUACUAUUAAGAACCUGGAAACACUGCUGGCAACUAAUCGGGAGAAGGAGUUCCAGAGCCACUUAACAACUCAUGAGAAAGAUUCUGAAAUCCAGUUGCUUAAAGACAGAUUAACACUUUCUGAAAGUAAACUGAACAGCCAUUCUCGAGAGGCUUCCAUGCUUAGAAAUAAACUUACACAGCUGCAGGGAGAUUAUGAUAUUGCAAAAAGACAACUUACCACAGAGCGAUUUGAGAGAGAGCGUGCAGUUCAAGAAUUGCGCCGGCAUGGACUCUCUACGUCAUCUGUUCGUACAUCAUCACCACUUACUUCAACAAUGAAAUCUUCAGGACAGUCUCCUGAACGCUCAAUUUUACGAUCGGUUGAACGAGUAUCUGAUAAAUCUGCAGAAAAGAGUGUAAGCUUCAAAGAUGACUGAUACCAAAUGAAAGAGAACUUGUGUUUAGGAUGUAUGAGGAAACUCUGUGAAUAUAGCUUCAUAACUUCUACGAAGGACAGCUUGACAACGUUUCUGAAAUGUUCAAAAAAUAUUGUUUCAUAUGUGUUUUACAAAUAAAUUGUAUACCAAGCCGAGGAACUCUCAAAAGAACCAAGUAUGGCUCGUACACUUUGCACGCAGCUGAACAAUAUCCAUGGAAGUUUGAAGCUUUUAUGGUUUUCAUAGAUGCUGUGGGUACUCUGUUGUACUAAAUAUUUUUAAAAAAAAUUGGUGGACAUUAAGAUAUGAAAACUGAAAUGCAGACACUUUUAUUAAUGGACCUCUGAUGUGUUUUAAGCAGCAAUUGUAGGUGAAUACUGUUGUAUACAAUUCCGUGUUUUUCCACAGAAAAUUUUGCAAUUCAGGUGGUCAUUAUGAACUAGCCAGGUGAGAGCAGAUUAAUAUUUAUCAAUAAUAUAAGAUUUUAUGUUAUUUAUACAAGUUACUUUACAUAUCCAAAGCACAAAUUAAUUGCAUUAUUUAACAUAAAUUAAGUAAUUUGUGCAACAGACGGCAAAAAAUAAUAAUCUAAUUUUAGUUUAAUAUUGGCUUAAAUAUUAGCAAAUAAUCUUGGCCGGGUGGUUUGCUAUUCAAUUAAUCUGAGUGUGCAUGUUUUAAUUUGAUGUAAAUAUUUCUCAGAAAUAUAUACCGGUAUAUUUUUAAGUUUUGUUUUGACCUAGUCAUGCAUAGGAUAGUAUGACAAGGCUUUUCAAGUAAUAUAAUGUUGUCCACUAGGUAGAAAGGAGAUGCCAUUAUUCCUCCUGUUAUUCAGUGUUGAAAACUCCUACAUUUUUAGCCGUCCAAUUAAGUGUGAAUUUCAAGAGGAAUAUGUGAUUCCAUUUUAUAUUCUCCAACGAGCAUAUGUUUACCAAUUUUAUAAUGUAAUAAGGUAUUUUCCACUACAUCAGGCAUGUUUUAAAGUAUGCAAACAAAAUAGAUUAAUACAUAAUUAGA